UAUAUUUUCCGUCGAUUCGCGUAAGACUUCUUCUGACUCACUGGAACAUUUCGCUGUGUAAUUUUCCUGCAUUACUUGGGGCUAUGAUUUCACACCCUAGAGCAGGCAUCUCAACCUUGGCCACUUUAAGAUGCGCGGACUUCAACUCCCAGAAGUCAACGCGUGCACUCGCCAGGACUUUAGUGAACAGAUAAUAGAGUCUCCUACCUUUCAGAAGAUAGAGUGUCGCUGGUAGACGCUCUGGCUUCUAAACUCAGACGAGGGAACAUCGGCGCGGACAGCUGUUUCUUGACUGGGGAAAAGGGGUAACUGCUGGCGAGGCGAACGCAGAGAAAGAAUCGUCGGCAAGUCGAUAAACAAGGCUGGGAGAGAAGAAUGGCUGUUCCAUCAGAGGGGUAACCAUGGAACAAGAGAAUGCCAGAAGACAUCAGCUGGGGCUGUGUGUGCUUUGUGGUUUACCAGCAGCAGGUAAAACUAGGACAGCCCAAGCAUUGAGUUCCUCCUUGAGAAAGCGCAAAGGAUGGUCCUGCAUUCUUCUCACUUAUGACCGUCUCAUUCCUUUGGAAGCAUUCAGCCAAAUGGAGAUUUUCCAUUGGAGAUCAUACCGGCAUGAAUUAUUAUUGUAUCUUGAACACUUCCUUCAGGCUCUUAUUAAAGGAUGCCAUUACUUUCCUCCUCCAAACAGAACUGAAACAAUGUGGAAAAGUUUUGUCUCCUGUUUGAUGGAGCAAGGAUUAAUAUCUGCAGGAACAGAAGACUCUGCAUCUUGUCAAUAUUUAAUAGAUUUCAUUCCAGUCAGGCCAAUAUAUUUUAUUUUAGAUGACAACUUUUAUUAUCGGAGCAUGAGAUAUGAAGUGUACCAGUUAGCUCGCCAGUAUUCGUUGGGCUUUUGCCAAUUGUUCCUCGAUUGUCAGGUUGAAGUUUGUUUAGAGAGAAAUUGUCAGAGAAAACAGCCGUUACCUGAAGAAACCAUAUUUGCAAUGGCAGGAAAACUAGAAUGUCCAAAUCCAAAGAAAUACAUGUGGGAGCAAAAUAGCCUUAUUCUGAAGAGUGCUGGAUUUUCAUUAGAAGAUAAUCUUCAGGUGUUUAAUUUGUUAUCUUCUGCUUUGGAAAAUCCAGUAAAACCCAUGGAAGAGAAUACAGAAAUGAAGGAGAUGGAUCGGGCUAUAUGUGCAGCCAGUAUUCUACAUCAAGCUGAUCAAGCUCUCAGGCGAACAAUCUCUGAAACAAUGCAGAAUGCUAAAGCCAAUAGCCUUACUCCAAGUGAGAUGAAGAGUUUGUCAGAGGAGCUCAACAAGCAGAAAGUAAAAGUCUUAGAAGAAUUAAAACAAAAGUCUAAUAAGCAAAAUCAGUGCUGUGCAGAAAAUACAUUUAAAAUAACUUCUUUAUUUUCCCAAGAGACAGAUGAUAUUGUUAAGAAAUAUUUAAAUAAAUGGUAGCAUUUUAUUUUGCUUCAUGAAAAGGUAUCAACUGUGUGGUGGAAGUUUAACAAGAAUAAAGCUAUCUGUAAUAGA